AAUACAUUAGGCCCAUUUUCAAGGCUCUUCCUAUCAUCAUCAUCUUCCCCCCAAAAUCAACCGACCUGAAUCUCUCUGCUUCUUGAAAUCGGUUGCAGCGGGAGACGCUCGCUCUAACCCUGUUCAACCGAGGCGAGAUGGCGGAAAAGCGGAAGGCCGACGACAACCUUAACGGGACAAGGCAUCCGGCUGCGCGGACGGAGCCUACAGCCGGAGACGAAGUAGCCGGUACAUCGGCGCAGGCAUCAGGGCCGACGGCGAAUCCAACCGGCGACGGCAUUGCCGGGACUUCGCAGGCGCUUGCGGGGCUGACGGCGGCGACUACAGGCUCAGCCGGCGGCUCUUCCCAGUCCGGUGGAGCUGCUCGCGGUCGCGGGGCCGGGGGCGGGGCGGGGUACAGGGGAUUCUCCCAGUCCCAGCCGCAUAGGAGGGCGCCGCAGAUGCCAUCUCAGGGGAUGCUCCGGCAGCCGCGGGGCAAUCCAGCCGUUGGGAGCGCGCCCUUCCCGUACCACGCGCCGACCGGCAAUGGUUCGCUCUCCGGCCAGUCCCAGAGCCAGAUCGGCGGCCCCAGGCAGACAGGAACAGGGCAGCCGCUCGGCCACUCCGGCUCCGGCGGGCCUUCUUCGGCGAUCUCUUCCGCAAGCGCGCCAGGUGCUCCAGUUUCAGUCAAUCCCCUCGUUCGAGCGUGCCCUCGUUGCAACAGGCCCACGAUCGUGUUUUUGGGCUUGUCGCCAUUGUGCGCGGAUUGCUUAAGCACUUUCGUCAUCAGCUACGUGCUUCCGCGGCACCCGGAGAUCCACUACGGCGGCGCGCGCGCGACGCAGGGUCAGGGCAUCUCCAAUAGUCACCAGCGCCAGCCUUCUUCCGCGGCGCUGCCACGGGCACGGGCUGCCGUCGGCCCACUCAGAAGGGCACCGACUGAUGGCUGGUGGAAUAAUUGCCUAGCGCUAACCAGGGAGGUUUUGGGCUCGACGCCCUUGUGCCAGGUUUGCUACAACCGCCUCUUCGUCGCCGGCGACGUGCCUCCGCAGCACGCGCAGACCGGCGGCCACGUGCUUCCGAAUCCGGUCCCCAGCUACGCGGGUGUGCCACUGGGGCCAGUCCCUGCCAGUGAGCAGCAGUACCGGGCUGAGGCCAUUAGGCCUUCUUCCAGCUCGAGCUCGGCCGUGGGUUCGGGCCCGAUCUGCCAGGCUUGUGGCCACCCCUUCGGCACCGGCAACAGGGCGUGCAGGUUUUGGCGCCUCCACGGUCCGCCACCGCCACCGCCACCGCCAGGGCUCGGCUAGCUCAUAUCAUAUCUCGUCGCUCCAAUCAGUACUGUGAGUGAGAAUGUCUUGUGAACUCUGGGAGCCUUCUCUGCUUUUGCUCUGCUUCGACAAAGAUGCUGCCUUGAGUAGUGAUGAUUCUUGUGAUGAUACUCUUAUCGAUGUGGCCAAAUGUGGCAAUACAUGUAGUACAUAGAGUAGAUCAUAUACUUGAUUGUUUCCUUUGUCAGUGCUCUGACAUUAUAAAAUGAUACUUGCUGUGGA